AGCCCUGCCGCGGCGGGGGCUGCUGGCAUCGGCUCUCUCUGCCGCGCCACGCUGGCUUUUGCUUUGUCUCCGAUCGCAGCUUGCACUUUGUUCCUGCUUGGAACAAGUGCCCUCAUUUGGCUUUAUUGUACAAAACACCAAAUUUACAUAAACAGGGGAAAGGUUGGUCAGAAGGUGAAGAUGAGGUGUCUUGGGGGGAAGCCGGUGGCUUAAAUACCCAAACUCACCAUCUCGCCUGGCUACCAAGUCUGAAAGGAGGAAAAAAAAGCAGGAGUGUGAUUUUUAACCUUUUUUUUUCCUCUUCCAGCAGUGUUUUCAGCUGCCGCCGCUACCCACAGAGAACAGGACCUGUGCCGAGAGGAGGAAGGGAUCUCUGCAAGGUGAGGCCGGGCGGUGAAGAGCAGCAUGGACCUGGAUGUGCUGAACAUGUUUGUCAUUGCUGGUGGCACUCUGGCCAUCCCCAUCCUGGCCUUCGUGGCCUCCUUCCUCCUCUGGCCCUCAGCGCUCAUCCGCAUCUACUACUGGUACUGGCGCCGAACCUUGGGUAUGCAGGUUAGAUAUGCCAACUAUGACGACUAUCAGUUUUGUUAUUCCUAUAGAGGGAGACCUGGAUACCGACCGUCCAUCCUGAUGUUACAUGGGUUCUCAGCCCACAAAGACAUGUGGCUAUCUAUAGUCAAGUUCCUGCCAAAGAACCUGCACUUGGUGUGUGUUGACAUGCCCGGGCACGAAGGCACGACCCGCUCAGCCUUGGACGAUUACUCCAUUAGCGGGCAAGCUAAGAGAAUACACCAGUUCGUGGAGUGCAUCAAGCUGAACAGAAGGCCCUUUCAUCUGGUUGGCACUUCCAUGGGGGGAAAUGUUGCCGGCGUCUAUGCUGCUCAGUACCCAGAAGACAUUUGCAGCCUGACCCUCAUCUGUCCUGCAGGCCUGCCGAGUACAACCGACAGCAAGUUCAUUAAGCAGCUCCGGGAGCUGCAAGAGUCCGAAGACAUCGACAGGAUCCCUUUAAUUCCCUCGACUCCCGAGGAGAUGGCGGAUAUGCUGAAGCUUUGCUCCUAUGUUCGCUUCAAGGUGCCGCAGCAGAUCCUCCAGGGCCUCGUGGAUGUUCGCAUCCCACACAAUGAUUUUUACCGGAAACUGUUUUUAGAAAUCGCGGAUGAAAAGUCCAGGCACUCUCUCCAUGAGAACAUGAGCAAGAUCAAAGCACCAACGCAGGUCAUCUGGGGAAAGCAGGACCAGGUCCUGGAUGUUUCUGGCGCCAGCAUUUUAGCGAGUGCUAUCCCAGACUGCCACAUGUACAUCCUGGAGAACUGCGGGCACUCGGUGGUGGUGGAGCGGCCCCGCAAGACGGCCAACCUCAUCCUGGAGUUCCUGGCGCUGCUGCACAGCACAGACAACAACAAGAAGCAGGCGUGAGCACAGCGGGGAGCCGAGCACCCAUACCGGGUCUUUUAAAUUGUAAAGUACUGCAGCUUUGAUAAGUUCUCAGGGAUCUUGUAUGAAUCAGAGCGAAUGUGCCAAAGUCCCUGAGGAAGGCAGAAUCACUGAUACCUAAACCUGUAGCACCGCCAGCACAGCGACCUAGGGGUCAUUGAGCAACCUCCAUAGAUACAGGAACGGAAGCAGAGUAUCUCCCUUUUCUACUUAGAGGUAAAGUAGGAACGAGCCGAAAUCACAAAGCGUUAGCCAUGCAGUGUGCUGAAGCUCCUUACGCAGCCACCCAUCUUACCUGAGUUACCGGCACGUAGUUGUUAAUGACAUUUAUUUAAACUAUAUAAGAAAUGUAGGAAGGAAGAAGCGUCCUGGACUGAGACUUACAAUAUUUCUACUACUUAGAUUCCGUCGCGUUGCAUGCUGCCGUGCUGUAAGAGAACCCCAGUGCUCCACAUGUCUGCUCGAGUGCUCUUUGUGUAGCUCCUUAACUCGUGAUUUAUGCAGAAAACAACAGAAAACUUCAUGCGUGGAAGUCCAAUGACUGUAUGUGCAAAAAAUGUUUACACUUUGAGUGGGUUUUUUUAAAUCCCUGAACAGCUCCUGUGUAUAUGUAAUGCCUUAACAUUGCCCAGGGUACGGCACCCGCGCGUGGUUUGCCUCACCCAGGGGAUGUUUUCCCCUGAGGGUGAACAGAGCAAGUGAAAACUCGGGGUGCAGACAGCAGCUUCCCCGCCGUUGUGCGAACUGGCGGGAUGGAAGCCACCUGGAGCGAUUCGGUCCCCGAGCCUGAGUCAGCAAUAAGCCCGUGGGCAGGGUGUGAGUCAGCAAACUCGGGCAAACUCUUGUCUCAGCUCUUCUAUCACGUCGUGCUGCUGAACUCGUUGAUGUAAAUAACAAUUUUCUUAAUGAAUUCCAUGAAUUCUGCGAAUGCCAACAUCACCGAAGCCAGGC